CAUGCCCAAUACUUCACUCUCUUUUUCCAGUUCAGUCCACCAAGUGAGUACGGUCACAAGACCAAGCUGAUAUUACAAUAAUGCGAUUCCGUCAGAUUUUUCAUUUCUUCCUUCUUGGAAUGUUUGUUGGCUUGUCACUGAGUGGGCUCAUUUACUGGGGAUUCACCUCCAUUUGGUAUGGAAAUCAUCUAACAGGUAACCUGGGUCGGACAGAUGUUGCUUCUGUGACACCAUGGUUAGCCCCGAUUGUAUGGGAGGGAACCUUUGACUCCACAUUGAUUGACUCUAUCUACAAACAACAAAACAUCACCAUAGCGACCACGGUCUUCGCUUUGGGAAAAUAUACACGUUUUCUCAAAGAUUUCCUGGAAUCAGCAGAGGAGCAUUACUUUGUUGGAUUUCGAGUGCAUUACCACCUGUUUACAGAUCAAGCGGAGGAAGUUCCUAAUGUAAAACUAGGUCAAGAACGUUACCUGACAGUAAAGAAGGUUCCAAGUAUGAACAGAUGGCAGGACAUCAGUAUGAGCAGGAUGGAAAUACUGGAGAAACUAAUAGAGAAUGAACUGGCCAGUGAGGCCGACUAUAUUUUCUGCCUUGACGUAGAUACAAAGUUCUAUGGUCGUUGGGGUGUGGAGUCUUUGGGUCGUCUGGUUGGUGUGAUACAUCCUUGGUUCUUUAAUGUUCCAAGGUUCAUAUUCACAUAUGAGCGUAGACCAGAGUCUCAAGCAUACAUUCCAGCUGGAGAGGGUGAUUAUUAUUUUGGAAAUACUGGUGAAACUAAUAGAGAAUGA